ACGGUUGAUGAGGCUAAUUUCAUAUACAAAUUAAGUACACAAAAAAAGAGAUGAAACCAGCAGUUUUUCGCACACUCGUUCUAAUUGUCGCCUUGGCCAGUGUCGCAUUUGCCGCUAGUAGUUCCUGGGGUAAGCGUAACAGCAGCGAUGUAUUGUUGUUGCGUGAGAAUGUCAUCCGCACACCAGUUAGAAAUAGUUAUUUGAGUGUCAAUGUUGAUUUUCCAAAAUCGGGUCAAACUAACAACCGCACAAUUUCGGCAAUAUUCGUUUAUGAUCGUUUUACCAACAGUUCCGGCGCUUACGCCAGCUUGUGGUCUGGUGGUGUUGGCUAUCGUUUUGCCUCCGUCAAUUUGAAGAGUCAAUAUAAUAUUGGUAUUAACUCGACUGUGGAAAUUUAUGGCAAGAAAUAAAUACUAAACGAACUUACAUAUGUACAUGCUGACAUACAUAUUUAACUGCUCAUUUGUAAAGGAAAGUGAUACAGACAUAUACAUGUAUACAUACACGUAUAGCAGUGAAGCGAAAGAAGUCAAGCACACCACAUUAAACUUGCUUCUGGCUGUAAAUAUGUGGCAAAAUUUUAUGUGUAUUUUAUAUGGCAAUAAACAACAACAUUGAUUAGCGUAAA